CAGACUGUCGGAUCGAACACCCACCUGAGUUGGAAAAAUACGACGAUGGAACGAGCAAUUUGUCACCGAAAAGAUAAAUAAUUUUAGCCGAAUUUUAAUUUUACGAUGCCUUUGCACUAGCGCGUAUCGUGAGAAUUGAUCCACGUAGAUAAGAAAAAUGGCGAACCGGGCGAAAACGACCGCGAGGCUCGAGUCUGACAUCCAAAUUGCGAGGGACGAAAGCAACUGGAGAAGGGUGAUUGACCUAGCAGAACAACUUCGGACAAGAUCUCCGCAUUUAGAAAUCCUCGCUGCCUUUUUGAUAGGAGAGGGCAAGUUAGAAUCGUACUUGCUAGACAACCCUCCGCUAGAGACUUCUCACCACAAGGCCAAGAUCGGAUUGAACGAUGCCAAGAAGUAUCUGGUGCGAGCGGCCGGAGCUGAGGAUGCAAAUUCACCAGAGUCAAAAGCUGCAGUUUCUCUCGACGCGUAUCUGCUGCUGGGCAAGUUGAGCUACGCUUGCGGAAAUUACGAGGAGGCCGUGGAGAACUUCCGAAAGGCAGAUUUAGAAAACCUAGCUGAGAAAAAUUUACCAUGCCGCAGUGUUCGAAUCGUAGCAGAGUCAUUUGCCAUCAGAGGCAUUUGUUUGGAAAAGAACAUGUCCACUCGCCACCCUAAGUUUAAGCAAUCGGAUGCACAAGAGAAAAUAGACAGGUGCAUGAAAGUUGCGACCGACUUGACAUUCCUUUAUUUGCAAGAGCUGGACGACAAAAGUGCUACGACUUUCAAUUCUAACACGGGUACCCUGACUGCUGGAGGAUCUUAUUCUCCUCAACCACCUAGUCCUGGCAAGCUUCUUGGAGCUGAGGCUUGGAGAGACACCGGUCUGAUUCUCCAUCAACUGUUGAUGCGCAACCAGACUGCCAACAUUCCUUCUCCAAAUAAGUCGCUGCAGCCAGGACAAGUUCAGAGACUCAGGUAUUUGCUUAGUGCAGAGGAGAGCAAUGGAACACAAUGCCUGCGUCUCAAUUUGGCCAAAAACUUGGCCGAUUUGCUCAUGCGAGGCUACGUAAAUGGACCACUUUACCAGUCAAUUGAGGUGCCCAAAAAGAAAAAGGAUGGAGCAUGGAAGCCUAAAAAGAAUCACAACAUGAACAUGUUCAUCCCAAAUAACGAACACGAAGAAACGAUCCUAUUACUUCUGAUCAGUGAGGCAAUGGCAGUGAGAAAUGCAGUCUUGAGCCAAAGUCCCGAGUUCAAGGAGCAGAGGUUGAAGGCGUUUGAGACGGCGUGCACUUCGUACAACUUGUUGAUCGUCUGCCUGGCAAGAUGGGGCCAAACUAAAUUAUUCCACGAAUGUUUGGAAAGAGGAGCAAUCAAGUUCAGUUUUGACGAGCCUCACACCUGGCAUCAGUACGCCCUGUCCCUGAUUUCCAUCGGCGAGUACGCCCAGUCCUUGCGAGUGAUGGAGGAGCACUAUCGGAUGAACCCUCAUGCUGCUGCUCCAUGCUUGAUGGCUGCAAAAGUUUGCUACGCCAAUUUGAAAGACUAUGAGUAUGGAAUAAAAUGGAGCCAGAGAGCAUGUGAAAGCAAAGAAGGGUCACCCUAUGCAGUUCAAUCUGCCCGGAGUUACAUGAUGCUGGGCAUUGGCUACCACUUACAAGCCUUGUAUGGUCUUGAACACAUCAAUAGGACUAAGUCUUCGUCCAUGGCCUUGGAAAUGCUCCAAAAGGCUCAGUCGAUGGGGCCUGGGGACCAUUUGAUCCACCAUUACUUGGCACUCGUCUAUGCCCACAACCGUCGGCUUCCCGAAGCAAUUUCCAAUAUCAAGCAAGCUCUGAAUUUGAGAUCAGAUCAUGCACCCUCUUUAAAUUUGUUAUGUUUACUUCUCACUGCCCAAAAGCAAUACCAAGAAGCCAUGAACCUUGUGGUCCUUUCUCUGGAAGAAUGGCCCGAUUCCAUGGAUUUGUUGUACCUUAAAUCGCAACUUGAACUUCAUCUCAGUGGACCUGAAUCUGCCAAAGCUACUGCCAGCAAAAUGUUGAUGCUUUGGAAAAAGCUUUACGAAGACCACACGGCACCCAGCGAAGACACCACCCAGUCGGAGAGACGGUCCGAAUCAAGGAGCUUGUUUCACCUUUCAGAAAAUGGUUCUAAUAAUCAGUCAAGAGUUUUGAACGGGGGAGGUCCAAUGUCGGUUUCGUCUGUCUCAUCACUUCCUCGAAAGCAAAUCAAGGGUCAGCACUGGGAUUUGCUGGCUAAGAUUUGGUUGUUGAUGGCAGAACUGUGCUUACAUUCCAAGCAGCGAGAACAAGGACUCAAGUGCAUAGAUGAGGCUGUUCAGAUUCACUCAACAACUCCUGAUAUUCUAAUAGCGAGGGGUUUGAUAAGUGAAAUGGAUGGUAAUUAUCAAGAGGCCAAGAAUUGUUUUGAAGGUGCCGCGUCCCUUGAACCAAAUAAUCUGAGGGCUCUUCAACAAUUGGCCAAAGCUUAUUUGGGAAUGGGAAAGAAUAAAAUGGCAGAGUUCUUUUUAUGGAAGGCGGCAAAACUGUAUCCACAGGAGUACGAAACUUGGCAUCUGCUUGGAUUGGCACUUGAGCAGCUGGGCGAUCACACGGCCUCAGCAGAUUGUAUGGUUGUUGCUCUUGAUGUCGAAAACUCUAGUCCCUUGGUGCCGUUCGCGUCUGUCGGAUUGGCUUUUGAAUAAUGCUUUUGCCUUUUAAAUGUACUGUUACUGAAUGUAAUGAUUCAACUAAGAAGAUUAACCACUGACGAUGAGGAUAAUAACUUGUAUAAAGCUAGCUUAGCCAAGAUUUAAAUUAUUAUUCCAUACAAAUUUAUGAUUGUUGCUCCUGGCUCAUGUACACUACAAUAAACCAUCUUUUUUGUUUUCUAA